AAUUUGUGUGUAGUGAAUGCCUGCUUUUACAUCUAGUAUUAAUGGUGAAGAUCUCAAUAUAAAUAUAAAUACCUCUUGUGAAGAAUUAAAAAAUUUAAAUAAUGGCCAAACAUAUUUUGAUGAUAAUGAAAAAGAAAAAUGUAAAGAAGAGGAAGAGGAAAAAGAAGAAGAAGAAAAUAUUAAAAAGGGAAUAACGAGGGAAAUUUCUAAAAAAUUUCAUUUAAUUAAAUAUGCAAGUUUAUUUGUUCUUGUUGUGCAAAAUACUUCACAAGUAUUGCUUAUGCGUUAUGCAACAACAAGAAAUCCUUCAAUAAAUCCGCCAUUCCUCAAAACUGUAGCUGUAUUUUUUAAUGAAAUUGUUAAAUUCUUUACUUCUUUAAUUUUAUUUUUUGUAAUAACUGGAAAUAAUAAAAAGGCAUUUUGUUUAAUUAAAAAGCAUUUUUUUACAAAUUUUUUGGAUACACUCAAAGUUGGAAUACCUGCAUUUAUUUAUGUUAUUCAAAAUUUUCUUUUAUAUGUGGCAGUGGAGAAUUUAGAUGCUGGGACUUAUAUGGUUACUUAUCAAUUAAAAAUCCUUACAACAGCAAUUUUUACUGUUUUAAUUCUUAAAAGAAAACUUUCAAUUCAACAAUGGAUUUCUUUAAUUGUUUUAAUUUUGGGUGUUGCUAUUGUACAAAUUAGUGCAAAUAAAAAUAAGCAACAAUUAAUUAAUAAUAAUAAUUUAAAUACAACAACAAUAAUUAAUUUAAAUAAUUUAAAUUUUACUAAUUUUGUGGUAAAUAAUACAAAUAAAGAAAUUUUAAACAAUUCAUCCUCCUCUUCCACCUCCCUUCCCCAUCAUCAACAUAUUCAAAAUCCAUUUAUUGGCUUUAUUUCAAUAAUCAUUGCUUGCAUUCUUUCGGGUUUUGCGGGUAUUUAUUUGGAAAAAAUAUUAAAAUCUAAUGAUGUUUCUAUUUGGUUGAGGAAUACACAAUUAGCUUUUCUUUCUAUUCCGAUUGGUCUUUUUGUUAUUUGGGUAAAUGAUAGUGAAAAAGUUAAAAUAAAAGGUUUUAUGCAAGGUUUUGAUUUAAUUGUUUGGAUGGCUGUGUUACUUCAAGCUCUUGGUGGGUUAGUUGUUGCUAUUGUAAUUAAAUAUGCAGAUAAUAUAUUAAAAGCUUUUGGAACUUCUGUUUCUAUUGUUGUAGCCACAAUUGCUUCAAUUUUACUUUUUUCAAAUUUUCCUUCUUUACUUUUUAUUGGAGGAGCAGUUUUGGUUAUUGGGGCUGUUGUUUUGUAUGGAAUAUUUCCUUAUAAAAAAAGAAAAUAUUUGGAGGAAGAAGAAGAAGAAUUAAAACAAAAUAGUCAAAAAAUGGAAAUAAUUAAAUAA